AUGUAUUUUUCUUUAGUGUGGUUUAUUGUGGGAAGCUGUGGAGCAUUUAGCUUUAUUCUGAUUCAGAUUUUUUUACUUAUUGACUUUGCCCACUCGUGGAAUGAAUCCUGGGUUGAUAAAAUGGAAAAAGAAAACAGAAAGAGGUGGUAUAUAGCCUUGCUGUCUGUAACAGGAGUGAACUAUAUUCUGUCCUUCACGGCUGCAGUUCUCUGCUAUAACAUCUACGCUCAGCCAGAAGGAUGCGUGCUUAACAAGUUCUUCAUCUGUUUCAUGUUAUUAUGUGUCAUUACUUCUGCUCUGUCUGUACUGCCCAGAAUUCAGGAAUACCAGCCCAGAUCUGGUGUUCUUCAGUCAUCCAUUAUGACUUUGUACACCAUGUACAUCACCUGGUCAGCCAUGACCAAAGAGCCAGACCACACAUGCAACCCGAGUCUGAUCAGCAUCUUCCAGCAGAUCACGUCCGCCACAGUCGUGCCACUGGAGAUAGAGAACCAGACGGCCGUCAUCAUUGUAGACAUAGAGGAAACUGUGCCAUCUGCCCCGUAUUUGCAGUGGUGGGACGCUCAAAGCAUCGUCGGAUUGGCCAUUUUUGUUCUCUGCAUUUUGUAUUCAAGGUAG